AUGCCUCCCCUCCCAGGUGAAGAACGGCUCCUGACCUUGUUUGCGGAUGUUCAUUACUAUUUCACUGCCCCAUCCCCGCAUCCUUCGCAUCAUCGAUUCGAUAAGGGAUCAUACCUCUACGUCUAUCAUAACCCUAUUCAGGGGGGAUCGAGGAUUGAGAUUGCAAAUAACCCGGGGACCCGGGAUCAGGACGCCUUUAACGGCUAUGGAUGUCAAAACAGUAUGGGUGGGCACCCUUCAGCCCAUAGUGGUAGUGAGCAUGAGUGGCGCUUAGGAUGGAUGAAUCCAGCGGAUAGGAGCAUGUCGUAUUUCCGUUUACAUACCCUCGAUCUAUAUUUCUGGACCUUGGACGAUGCAAGACAGUUUCUAGCUACUGUGAAAAGGCUAUUAGCCCCUAACCAACUGGAGAAUAUACAGCAAAUUCAACCAUCCAUCUCUCAGCAUGCCCCAAUGAGCGCUGUGGUACAAAAUUUGGAGAAGGUCGCAAUAUCGGACCCUGGCUACCAGCAGAUUAAAACGGAAUCAUCUCCUGGUGGAUUUGGUACCAUAAAUAACAUCCCUCCUCCUCCACCUCCGCUACCUCCAGCUAUGCAGCCAACACCUCCUACACUACCCGCCAAUGUGCAGGUUGUGACCCAGCCUGUCAGCCCGAUAGAUGAGACCACACCCCAAACCUCGUCUGCCCCUGGAAAGGAAGACGCACCUACAGCAUACGCACCCCUUCCUUAUAAUCCCGCAGCUCCCCCGGCUCCAGAGCCUAUAAAGCACCGUGAGGCGACACCCCCGCCACCGGAUGCUGCUGUGGGUACCGGACUUUCUUCACCUGGCAUGGGAAUGACAUUUACACAGCCCCAUACGGGUGAAAUUGAGAGUCCCCAACCUAUUCAGCCUCAUGGUGUAGGGAAUGUCAACAAUGCCAAUAUGCAGCCUCGCAAUGUUUCAGGUCAACAAAGUUCAUACUCACCCGCGCCUUCAAGUAUUCAUCAGCAGCCAUAUACCCCAGGUCAGCCUCCACCCGGUGGCAUGACAUUUGGACCUCCCCCAACUGUUGCUAGCGCCCCCCCAAACCCUCCUCCAACUACCACAGCCAGCCAUCGUGGAAGCUACGGUUCAACCUUCGCACCGCCUCCACAAGAUCCCAAUGCACACUUAUAUGGCCAACAAAGUUUCGGAUCGCCGCCCGUGAAUCAAUUUACACAACCUCUAGCCCAAAAUCAGGUCCAUCUUGCCCGGCGUGAAUCACAAGCUUCUCAGCACUCUGCCGGUGGAUACGCAUAUAACUACCCACAACACCAGCAACAACACCAACAACAACACCAACAGCAGCAGCAGCCUGGACAGAAUGAAUAUGCUAUACAUAAUCAGGUGUAUAUUCCCCCAGGAUCAAACCAGGCCCCACCGCUAAAUAGGAAUGAACCUCCCAAAUACGGUAAACUUGGCAGUAGUGCAAUGCGUAUGGAGAAGGGAGUGAACAAGCUCUUCAAAAAAUUGGAAAACAGAAUAUAA